AUGGAUCAAAGCUCAUAUAAUCAUCAAAGAACUCCAUAUCCAAAUACUGAAUUACAAUGGGACCCUUUAGAAUCUUUACAAGAAUUUAAUAAAUCAACUUAUUCAAAUUAUAUCCAGAACUUGAACUUGGAUUCAUUAAACUUACAACAACAACCAAUACAACAAAAUGGUACUCAUGGCCCUCCAUUACCAAAUAGACCUCCUCAACAUAUCAUUGAUCAACAUAUAAAUCAUAUAAAUCAAUCUUCAAGAUAUCAAUCACCAAUGUAUCAAUCUCAACAGCAAGACUUGUAUCAAUCAUCUCCUUCUCCUUCAAGAGUUAAAGGUCCAAGGGAAUUACCAAAUAAAUUUUCAAAUUCAAAUUUAAAUUCAUUUAUUAAUACUACUCCAACAAGACAAUAUGUCAAUUCAUCAAUACCAAAUUCAAUUAAUAAUUCACCAUUGCAAUAUAAUCAAAACUAUAACAAUUCAAGUCCACAACCAUAUCAAUUCAAUUCUCCAUCCACCAUACCUAAAACAUCAUUCCCAACAAGUCCAUCAAUCCAACAAUCUCCACCAAAACCUUUAAAAAUUAAUACAAACUAUACACAAGAUUUUAAUCAAGAUUUUAAUCCUUUUGAUGAUUCAAAUAAACUUUCGAGUGCUAUAUCAUCAACUCAAGAUUUACCAGAUACUCCAUCAUUAACUCCAUCAUCUGCACUAAGAGAAUCAAUAUCUUUCACAAAUUCAAGAAAAGAUCCUUCACCAACAAGAUCAAUAUUAAGAGGUCCAAGAUCAAUGCCAAAUAAUUCAAGUAAUAAUUCUUCACCUACAAAAAUUGAUUAUUAUGAUCAUAGAACUAGUUGGAAUUCAGAAUAUUCUAUUAAUGUCUUACCUGCUGAUGAAAUUGAUGAUCAUCAAUCUAUAAAUAUAAAUAAUGAACUAAAUGAAGAUGAAUAUGAACGUGAAUAUGAACCUCAACCACAACCACAACCACAACCACAACAAAUUAAAGAAAUAAUACCACCAAUCCCAAGAACAAAAUCUUUAUUUAACCCUAGAGAAAUUGAAAUACCAUCAUCACCUCCACCAAGAUCAAAUACAAUAAAUACAAUAAGUGCAAAUAAAAAUUUACCAAAUUUACCAACAAAUUUAAACCUACCAUCAUUACCAUUCUCCUCGGUCUCAUUAGAUGAUGAACAUUUCUCCCAGUGUGGUGAUAUUCAAUACUUAUCAGAAAUUUUUAAAUGGUGUAAAAAAUUAAUUGAAAUUUGGUCAGAAGGUUCAUUAAUAUCCCUAAUAGAAUUUAAAAAAUGUUUAAAAUCUUUAAUUCAAUGGAAAACUAAAUUAAAUUCAUAUAUAAUUGAUCAUAAUAUUGAUUCAAUAAUAUCAUCCUUAGAGAGACAAAAUUCUAUAUAUUUUGAUGAUUACCAAAAUGUUUUCCUGAUGGAUAAUAUUAAAGUCAAUGGUGUUUUACCUCAAUUAACUGGUUGUUAUUCUAAACAUACCCCAGAACAAGAAACAGGAUAUCAAUGUUAUUCAUCACGUUGUUUUUAUACAAUUUAUAAAAAUCAAGUACCUCUUGUCCCAUCAAAAGAAUCAAAUCAAUCAACUUUAGGUGAAUGGACUGUAUAUUGGAAUUUAACACUUCAAGAAUUAAAAGAAAUUGAUGAAAUGGAAGUUAAAAAACAAAGUCAUAUAUUUGAAUUAAUUAGACAACAACAAAAUAUUAUAAAAUUAGGUGAAAUUCAAAUUAAACAAUAUGGUGAUUCAUUUAAAUCCCAUAAACCUCAAUUAUUACCAAAUAUUACAAAAUUUUAUAAUGAUGCUUUUAAUUCUGUUAAACCCCUGAUUGAAAUUCAUAAAAAACAUUUAUUAGAACCUUUAUUAAAUAAAUUAAAUUCACAGGGGAAAUUUAUAAAUAAUAUUGGUGAAAUUUUCUUAAAUUGGACUCAGUUGGCAACGGUACCUUAUUUAAAGUAUACUGAAAAAUUAGCAACAGUUCGUGAAUUAAUUAAAUUUGAAAAAAAAAAUAAUACACAAUUUGCAAAAUGGUUAUAUUCAAUUGAUUCAAAUCCAAUAGUUUCACAAGCAUCAUUAGAUCAUAAUAGAAUUUUUUUCAGUGGAUUUAUUGGUCAUACACAAUUAUUAUCAUUAGCAUUAAAUUCUGUUUGGAAAAAAACCAAGACCAGUGAAUUUGAUUAUAAAAUUUUACAAAAUGCUAUAGGGGAAAUUAAUAAAUUAAAUAGGAAAAUUGAUGAAAUGCAAGAUUCCGCUCUGCAAAAUCGUCAUUUAAAAUUAUUAUCAAAUAGAUUAACUUGGAAAACAAAUGUCUUAAUUAAUGAAUUAAGAUUAAAUGAACCAAAUAGAAGAUUAAUUAAAGAAGGUCAUGUAAUGAGGAAAAGAGAAAAAUGGAUCACAUCAACUUAUUACCUAAUCCUGAUUGAUAAUUAUUUAUUAAUAACUGAACCUCAAAAGGAUGAAACUUUUAAAAUUUCUGAAAAACCAAUCCCAAUUGAAUUCUUACAAAUUGAAACAAAAAAUUUCUUACCCCCAACAACACCUAAUGAACAAGAAGGUGAAUCUUAUCCUUUUAAAAUUCGUUAUACAGGACAAAACUUAUCAUAUACAUUCUUCACAAACACGCUAAUUGAAAGAGAUAAUUGGUUUAAUGCUAUAAAUCAAGUUCAAUUUAAAAAAGUUAAAAAUUCAAAUUUUGAACCUUUUAAAAUUUCUAUAAUUACUGAUCAAUUUGCUUAUGAAGAUGGUGAAGAACCUAAGAAAUUACCUGUAUUGGGUGAAGGUUCAAAUGUUGAAAUUUCAUUAAAAUCAUUUGAACAAGAGAAGGUAAAUUUAAAUUUACCAAAAAUUUCUAGGACUUUGAUGAUGAGUGAAGUUUUAAGUUUUACAGAGUUCCAAUAUCAGGAUAAGAAAUUUUAUGCCUUGGGUUUGAAUUUUGGGUUAUAUAUAACUGAAGUUGAUGAUUUAUUGAAUUGGAUAAGAGUUUUAGAAUUAACCAAAAUUACACAAUUAGAACAACUAGAUUCCCUAUUGAUUUUAAUUUCAGAUAAGGCAUUAUAUUCUUUCAACCUUGUGGGAUUAUUAAUUAAUUAUUAUAAUCAAAAUUAUGAUUCCAAAAUAAUUGGAGAAAAAUUAAGUAAAAAAGAUGUCCUAAAAUUCAAGAUUGGAAUUUAUAAUAAUACAAAAAUUUUAUUUAUAUUAAAAGCAUCAAUAACAUACUCUGGUACAAAAUUUAAAGUCCUAACACCAAUUUUCAAUAACUGGGGAGAAUUCCAAUAUUUCCAAAUUUAUAAAAAAUUUCAAUAUGAUUAUGAAUGUUUUGGAAUUUCAAUAUUUAAUAGUAUGUUCAUCUUACAUACCUCCAAGGGUUUUGAAAUCUUAUCAUUCCAAAUCCUUAAUGAAUCACAACCAAUCCCAAAAUUCAUUGAAUCAAUGAAAAAACCCAAAACAGAAAUAGAACUAAUCAAAAAAAAAUUAUCAUCAACAACAAGUUCAAAUUUAACUUCAUUAUCAUCAUCAAUAAAACCAUUAUCAAUGAUUAAAGUCUUUGCCAAACCACAAUUUUAUUUGAUUUAUGAUUCUUUUGUUAUAGUUAUUGAUACAAUAGGUCAAUUAAUUUCAGAUAAUUUUAUAUUCCCAUUUAAAUUUAAAUGUGAUAAAAUUUCUAUAGUUCAAAAUUUUUUAAUUUGUAUUGGUGAUGAUAUUAUUGAAAUUUUUGAUUUGAAUUAUGAUGAUGUUAAAGGUUUUACCAAAUUUGAUCCAGUUCAGAUUAUUAAAGGUAAAGAUAUAAAAUUGAUUGAUGAAGAUUAUUGUAAGAUUGUUAUGGCACAUCCUUCAGUUCAAAGAAGACAAUUAAUUUUUUCUUUAGACUUGAUUGUAUAA